CCCAUAGCGCCCCUGGUUCCGGCCUCAGGCGACCCCAGCGCCGCUCACGGGUACGAGGGGCGGAGCCUGGCCUGCGCGCCGCGCUGAUUGGACGGGGUUACGCACGCACGCGGCGCCGAUUGGGUAGGCGCUUCCCGCUUUCCGUCGGCCGCCUGAGGUGAGGAGCUGAGGCGGUCGCUGAGGUCGGAGACGCUCCGCGGGGCGGCGGCGGUGGCGGCGGCUCCCUGGGCGCGACCUGGAGGCUUUCUCCAGGCACAGGUGUUUGUUUUGUCUUGCUGUUUUGAAAUUAAAUCAAAAUGCCAAUAAGACCAGAUCUCCAGCAAUUGGAAAAAUGCAUUGAUGAUGCUUUAAGAAAAAAUGAUUUCAAACCUUUGAAAACACUUUUACAAAUUGAUAUUUGUCGAGAUGUGAGGAUUAAAUGCAGCAAACAAUUUUUACACAAGUUGGAUGACCUUGUGUGCAGGGAGCUCAAUAAAAAGGACAUCCAAACUGUUUCAACCAUUUUGGUUUCUUUUGGAAGAUGUAGUAAAAAUAUCAGGAUAUUGGGGCAAGCUGGACUUUUAACUAUGAUAAAACAAGGACUAGUCCAGAAGAUGAUUGCCUGGUUUGACAAAUCCAAGGAGAUUAUUCUCAAUCGAGGAAAUUCAAAAGAUGAGGCAGUUAUAAAUAUGAUAGAAGACUUAUUUGAUCUUUUGAUGGUCAUAUAUGACAUCAGUGAUGAAGGUAAAAGACAAGUAGUGGAAAGUUUUGUACCUCGAAUCUGUGUCCUGGUUACUGACUCAAGAGUGAAUAUUUGUAUUCAGCAAGAGACUCUAAAAAAAAUGAAUGCUAUGCUUGACAAAAUGCCUCAAGAUGCCAGGAAAAUACUCUGUAACCAAGAAAUGUUCAUUCUCAUGAGUAGUUUGGGAGAAAGGAUUUUAGAUGCUGGAGAUUAUGACUUACAAGUAGGUAUCGUAGAAGCACUAUGUAGAAUGACUACAGAAAAACAAAGACAAGAACUGGCAUAUCAGUGGUUUUCAAUGGAUUUUAUUGCUAAUGCAUUUAAAGGAAUUAAAGACUCUGAAUUUGAAACAGAUUGCCGAGUAUUUCUCAACCUUGUAAAUGGCAUGCUUGGAGACAAGAGAAGGGUCUUUACAUUUCCUUGUUUAUCAGCAUUUCUUGAUAAAUAUGAGUUGAAAAUACCUUCAGAUGAAAAACUUGAGGAAUUUUGGAUAGAUUUUAAUCUUGGUAGCCAGGCUCUAUCAUUCUACAUUGCUGGAGAAAAUGACGAUCAUCAGUGGGAAGCAGUGACGGUGCCUGAGGAAAAAGUGCAAAUAUACAGCAUUGAAGUGAGAGAAUCAAAGAAGCUACUGACCAUAAUUUUGAAAAAUAUAAUAAGACUUAGUAAAAGAGAAGGGAAAGAAUUGCUUUUGUAUUUUGACGCAUCAUUGGAAAUCGCUAGUGUGACACAAAAAAUUUUUGGUGCAAAUAAAUACAAGGAAUUUACCAGAAAACAAGGGAUUUCAGUUGCCAAAACAUCUGUGCAUAUACUAUUUGAUGCAAGCGGAUCACAGAUUCUGGUACCAGAGAGUCAAAUCUCACCCAUGGACGAGGAACUCGUUAGUUUGAAAGAAAAACCUAACUCCCAAAAGGAAUUUGCUAAACCUCCAAAAGGUGUCAAAAACAGUAAUCAAGGGGACAGAAGGGAUAGUCAGCUUGAGAGAACUACUCCUAGCAAAAGAAAAAUGUCUGAAGCAUCAAUGAUUGUUCCUGGGACAGAUAGAUACACUGUAAGAAGUCCAGUACUUUUAAUCAACACAUCAACACCACGAAGAGGAAGAAUUAAACCACCGCUGCACGUGAUGAGUUCUGCAGAAAAACCUGAUAUUCCUAAAACAUCCAAAAGUAGGGUGGACAAUGCUAAAUCCCAUCCCUCCAGACCGUCUGAAGGAAGAAAGAGUGGAGACAAUACAGACAAACAUGUCAAAGCUGCUAAAGUUGUAGAGAAGACAGAAAAUAAGGACACUGAAUUCCCAAACCAAAAUUUUAGUGAACUGCACGAUACUGUACCUGAUUCACAGACACUGGGAAAAAUAGAUAAAUCUGUGUUAUCUGGUGUUUUGGACAACAUCUCUGGGAAUAAAAUGAACUCCAAAUGGUCAUGUUGGACACCUGUAACAAAUAUCAAUCUAUGUAAUAACAAAAGUUCAUCAGGAGACACCUUCAAUCAAGAUAUUAUUAUCAACAAAAAACUUACUAAACAAAAAUCAUCCUCUUCAAUAUCUGAUGAUAAUUGUGAAGAAACAGAAAAGGUACAAUAUAAGAAAAAAACAAUGCACCCUAACGAAGUAGAUAAAAUGGAAGUAGGAGUUUGCGAAAGGGACAAUCAGCAACAACUAAAUCAUCCUAAACUUUCAGAGCAGAAAAAUACUGAAAAUACCAAGCAAAGUGAUUGGCGUAUUGAAUCUGAAACUACUUUUAAAUCAGUUCUCCUAAAUAAGACGGUUGAAGAAUCUCUGAUCUAUAGGAAGAAGUACAUAUUGUCAAAAGAUGUGAAUACUGCUAUUUGUGAUAAAAGCCCUUCUCCUAGAAAAAAUGUGAAAAGUCAUAGAAAAUCAGGAAAAAGAUUAACGUCUGAACUUAAUUCCGGGGACCUGGGACAAAAAAAAAUGAGCAAAAAGUCCAAAGAGAAAGGGUUUACUGAUGCAGCAGAAUCCUUGAUAAACCAACUCAAUAAGAGAUACAAACCAAAGGAUGACAUAAAGUCUACAAGAAAAUUCAAGGAGUCUUUGACUGACAGCAGUUUUUCAAACAAAUCUGACCUACAGCUCAGUAAGGAAAAAGUUCAGAAAAAGAGUUACAGACAACUGAAGACUACUUUUGUUAAUGUUACUUCCGAAUGCCCACUGAAUGAUGUUUACAAUUUUAACUUGAAUGGAGCUGAUGAGCCUGUUAUAAAACUUGGAAUCCAGGAAUUUCAAGCUACAGCUACAGAAGCCUGUGUGGAUAAUUCAAUAAAAUUGAUAGGUUUAAGGAAUCAUGAUGAACUUGAACCUUCUCUCAAAACGAAAGAUAAAAGAAUUGUAGCAAAUCAUAAAAAGAAAAAUCUCUUUAGUGAUACUGACACAGAAUACAGAUGUGAUGACAGCAAGACUGAUGUUAGCUGGCUGAAGGGGCCAAAAUCAAAACCACAGCUAUUAGACUAUAGCAGAAAUAAAAAUGUAAAGAAGCAGAAAAGUGGCAAACCAAGAUCAUCUUUGGAAAGGGGACAACCAAGAUCUAAAAUGACACCCAACAAAAAUACCACCAAAAAGGAAGAGGAGACAGUUCCAGAUGGGAGAACCAGACUUCCACGAAGAGCGGCAAAAACCAAAAAAAAUUAUAAAGACCUCUCAAAUUCAGAAUCAGAGAGUGAACAAGAAUUUUCACAUUCAUUUAAAGAGAAGUUGCUAGUAAAGGAGGAGAAUAUCCGUACCAGAAGCAAAACCAUAAAGCUACCAAAGAAACAGAAGAAAGCCGCCUCUGCCGAAACACAGGAGGAUAGAGCAAAAGAAGGGAAAAACUCAUCUCUACUAAAAGAUGCUGUAAGAGAUAAUAACCUUGGCUCAUCUCCUGUAUCUUUAUCUGGGAGCGCAUCACCUGCAGAAGUCAUGAGAUGCAAUAUAGGUAUAGAGAAAAUAACAGAGAAGGAUUUUACUCAGGAUUAUGACUGUUUAACAGAAUCCGUAUCACCUUAUUCAAAAACUUCAUCACCUGACUCUUUAAACAGUACAUAUGGAGGUCCAAUAAGGUCACCUAAAAACAGUAACAAAAAUGUAUGUGCAAGAGAACAUUGCUCACCAAUUCCGCGAUCCUUCUUGUUGGGAACUCAUUCCGCAUCUCCACUGUCUAUGUCUAGUGAAGGAAGAGAGCAAAUACGGUGUGACGUUCCUUGUGACUCUACUCAUGCAUCAGGCCCUACACCGCGUCUUAGUCACAAACGAAUGUACAUAGAAAAAGAAAAUCUAAGUAAUGCUGAAGUAGAAUUGGAAGACGAGGAGGAAGGGGGAGUAUACUUGCCUCCCAAAAAACUAUCUAGAACUGAAGAUACAGAUAAUCACACUUACAAAGUAUCUGAAAGUAUAUCUCCGUUAUCCACAAAUGACUUGUCUCUUCCUGCGGAGAACUGGGAAAGUGAAAUUUCAGGUGUGGGGGUGAUGUGUGAGAAGUUCAAUACAGAAUUUAAGAGGAAAUUUCAUAUCCGUCAAAAAAUAAUGGAUUAUUUUGCAAAGCAGUCUUGGAAAACAACUCAGCAACAUCUGAAUAUGGUGAACCACCAGAUUCAGGAGUACAGGAUCAAAAAACUUGAUAAAUUCCAAUUCAUCAUCAUAGAGGAGCUGGAGAAUUUUGAAAAAGAUUCACAGUCUUUAAAAGAUUUGGAGAAGGAAUUUGUGGAUUUGGGAGAGAAGAUAUUUCAGAAGUUUAGUGCCUAUCAGAAAAGUGAGCAGCAGAGGCUUCACCACUUGAAAGCGUCACUGGACAAAAAUGUCUUCUACAACACUGAUUACGAAGAAACUAUUUUUACAUCUGAGAUGUGCGCGCUGAAGGAGGACAUGAAGGCGCUGCAGGAGAGGCUGCUGAAGGACAUGCAAGAAGAGGAGCUUCUUAAUGUACGCAGAGGACUGAUGUCAUUAUUCAUGGCUCAUGAAAGAAACGUUCAUGUGUGAUGUCUAGCUGUUAUCAGUACGCUGUAGCCUCCUCUUCCUGUUGCUGUAAAAGGAAAUAUCACAGCAGCUCCACAAACAGUGCUUCUGUCAGAGCCUCCAAGUCCAAAGAAAUGUUGUCUUAUGGAUGAGAAAGAAUCCAACCUCAGGAGACUUUAGUACUAUGCAGACCAUUCUCUUUUCAGGGAGAAAUUUGGGGGAAACCGAAUAGUAAAAGGAAUUUUGCUUGUUUUUGUAGUACUGUUUUUGUUGGACAAAUCUUAGCGAGUUAACUAUACUCACAAAACUAUACUCACAAAACUAGUAUUUUUUAAUAAAAUAAAAUGUAUCAUAUAAAAUGUAUUUUUAAAUGAAUACAGUUUGGACUAAAUAUAAGGUAUUACUAGUUCAGAACAUACUACGUGUAAUACAAAGUUAGCCCUGCUGAGAAAGGGGAGAAGUCUCUGAUGUAAAAUGCUUACCGGCGUGUAAGUCAGCACCUCCAUCACCUGCUGGGGAGUGUGUUCAUUCAGUUAUGGCACCCGUGUUAGAAGGCGUUAAAUAGCCUAUAAAAGUUACUAUAUUUUCUAAACAUUUUAAUUGUAGGUAGAUAACUGCUAAGCAUGCUUUUUGACAAGUACUUUUUAAACUCUGUUCAUGGUAAUAUUUUGCUAGAAUAUAAAAAUGUUUAAUUGUAUAUUAAAGUUGAAAUAAAUGCUGUGUCACUUGAAUA